AUACGGUUAUAUUCGCUCAAUAUUACUCACUACUCAGUGCUCAGUCAAGUUUUGGACCCAGAGCAGUUAAUACAUCCUGCCCGACGCACUCAGUUUAUUUAAUUCUGUGAACUGGCAAAAAGUGAUGUUUUAGUGAAUUAAGUCGUGUAAUGUUUAUCAAGUGAUAUCAAUACGCUAGCCUUUAUGGAACAGGAUAUAAAAGGUUCAGAAGAAAAGCAUGAUGAAGCUCGACCUAUUAUUGAGCAUACCCCCUUGAAUUCGGAGCACACUCCCUUGAAUUCAGAGCACACCCCCUUGAGUUCGGAGCACACCCCCUUAAAUUCAGAGCACACUCCCUUGAAUUCGGAGCACACCCCCUUGAAUUCGGAGCACGCUCCCUCGAGUACAGAAGGUAAAAAUGAAAAAGAUGAAGAAGAAAAAACUCCGAAAGAAAAAGACUACCAAUUAGAUUUAAGUAGUGAAAAAUUUGAGGAAAUUGAAGAAAAAAAAACCGAGACAAAAAAUGAAAAACAAGUCUUUCGUGAAACUGAAUCUACUAUUCCGUUUCAAGGACAAAACAAUCCAUUUAAGAGCCAGAAACCUUCUUCGUGUAAUCCAGUGAAAGGAGAAUAUGAUCAUUCACAAGAUCAAAUCUUGAUAGGAGAUUUUGAUCAGCAACAAGAUCAAGUCUUGAUAGGAGAUUGUGAUCAGCAACAAAGUCAAGCCUUGGAAAGGAAUUUUGAGAGCCUAAACCUGACUCUUGAAAACUUUGAUGUCCCAAGUGAGGUGCCCCCUGACUGCCCCUAUGUGCUGACUAGCCCAAGAUCUUUAGAAGCAUGUAAAAUACUGGGUAUACAG